AUGAUACAGCAGCUCUCAGACCCCUGUCGUUGUGUUCCAGGGGCAGUGGAGAGGAGAAGGAGAGUGUGCAGGGGAGGUUUCACAGGAGGCUGUCUCGUCUGGGGAGCCGAGGCUCUCUUAGAGAGCCACCCAGACCUCCACCCCAACCUGUCCAACCCCCAGCCACAUCUCCGCCCCCAGCCCCGGCCCCAGCCCCGGCCCCAGUUGACAGACCCACUCUCCCAGCAGCGAAACCUCCAACUCCUCCAGCCCCAGUCCCCUAAACCCUUGGAGCUUCCCCCGAAACCCCCUGAGAUCAGCCUGAAGCCAAGCCUCCCUCCAAGGCCUCUAACCAGGCGGUUCAGCAGCAAUGAGCACGGCACCACAGUCCUACAGGUACAACCCAACCAGCCCUCAUACACCUCAUACACCAGCCAGAGAUAUUAAAGGUAUAUUAUGGUUAUCCCACAUAAAACAUACUACAGUUUACUAUAGAAUACUAUAGUACUUACAAUAGAAUUCAAUAGUAUCCUGUAGUAAACUGUAGUAUACUGUAGAAUACUAUACUACACACUGUCGUAUCUCUCGAUCGUGUAGUGCUUACUAUAGAAUUGUGUAGUAUACUGUAGAAUACUAUACUACACACUGUAUUGAUACGCAAAUGUUUAAUAUGCAUAUACCCCACCCAUUCCCCUCCCCCAUAUCCAUAUCCCCUCCCCCAUAUUACAACAAAUACACUACAGUAAAUACUACAGUAUACUACAGUCAUGUCCGCAAAAACACUGCAGUAAAUACUACGUUUAAAAAUAUUACAGUAUACUAUAGUAUUUUUUCAUGUGGGAUUAUUUAGCUGUGAGGGUUGUCAAGAUGUAUAAGAAUCCUAGGACGAUUAUUUCAGUAAUCUAUCUGAAUGGUUGCUAACACCAUUAAACAUGGAGCGGAUCUAGACCAUUGAUGGAAGAUGAAUGUUGUUCUUCCUUCCAGGGUUUUGAGUUGUUCCGUGGUGAUGAGACUCUGUGUGAUGUCAUCCUGGUGCCUGGGGACAGCAGUGACACCUUCCCCGUGCACAGAGUCAUUAUGGCCUCUGCCAGCGACUACUUCAAAGCCAUGUUCACUGGUUAGUGUGUGAUAAAUAACAUUCAAAUAUGUCAAUAUAUUUUAAUAUGUCAAAUUAUUUCACUGGUGAUUGUUUUACAAUGUGUGAUUGAGAGGAUUUGUCGAGGGCCUAUGCUCCCAAAGGAUCAAUGGGCCUAAGUAAGUAAGAUUGUUUCACAGAUUAGUCUUUCAGGGCUGAACCUAUGAAAAGGCUCUCUCUUACUGUACUUGCACUCAUCAUUUCCACUCAGACCAACCAGCAUAAAGGGGAAAUGUGGUAAGGAACCAAUUCCAGACAAGGACACCGCCAUCUUGACUUAAAACUUCCUAUUUUUACAUCUCACUAUGUUAAAAUAUACGUGCACUCGUACACCAUUAACUGUAACAGCAUUAACCCUCUAUAUCUCUCCCUUUUCCUCUCUCCCUCUCACUAGGGGGUAUGAGAGAACAGGAGAUGAGGGAGAUUAAGCUCCAUGGGGUGAGUAAAACGGGUCUGAAGAACAUCAUAGAGUUCAUCUACACGUCCCGGCUGAGUCUGAGCAUGGCCAACCUGCAGGACACUCUGGAGGCUGCCAACUUCCUACAGGUCCUCCCUGUCCUUGGCUUCUGCAACGAGCUGCUCAGCACUGAGGUUAGUGGAUCAGGUUACUUACUGGUACUGAAACAAUGGGCAGGUGGAUGGGUGGGAUGGGUGGAUUGAAGAGACAGUGGAAAGUUUGGCCAAUGUAAAGACAGGAGACCCUUCACAAGUUCAUCCAGUCCUGUCUGUUUACCUGUUUGUGUGGCAGAUCACCAUUGAUAACUGUGUGGAGGUGGAGCGCAUCGCCGGGGACCUGCUCCUGGAGGACGUACAGGCCCACAUUGGGAAGUUUGUGUGUCAGAACCUGUCAGCGCUGCUACAGUCUGGCCGCUACCUGCAACUCUCUGAGCCCAGCCUGGCCAAUGCCCUGGCCAGCGACAGCCUCAAGGGCUUCUCUGAGAUGGAGCUGUACCGCAUCGCCCGCUCCUGGCUGGACCACGACCCCCCCACCCGCCGCUCCGCUGCCUACUCCCUGAUGCGCCAUGUCCGCUUCCCCCUCAUGACCCCCACGGAGCUGCUCGAGAUCUCCCAGGAGGAUGAGGGGCGCGACGACGGCGGAGCGGCCAUGAUGCGCUCGGACACGGCCUGCGUCAACCUCCUGCUAGAGGCCAGCAACUACCAGAUGAUGCCCUUCCUCCAGCCUUCCUUACAGACAGAGCGCACGCGAAUCCGGUCGGACGCCACACACCUGCUGGCACUGGGUGGGGUGAUGAGGCAGCAGCUGGUGGUGAGCAGGGAGCUGAGGCUGUAUGACGAGGAGAUCGGCCAUUGGAGGGCGCUGAAGCCUAUGGAGGUUCCUCGCUACCAGCACGGUGUGGCCCUGCUCGGGGGCUUUCUCUACAUCGUAGGUGGCCAGAGCACCUACGACACCAAGGGCAAGACGGCGGUGGACAGCGCCUACCUCUACGACCCGCGCUUCGACCGGUGGCUGCAGGUGGCCUCGCUCAACGAGAAGAGAACCUUCUUCCACCUGAGCACCCUGAAGGGGAAGCUGUAUGCUGUUGGGGGCCGGAACGCCUCAGGAGAGAUCGGUGAGUCACUAGUGUACUGGAUAGGUUUUUACUGCAAUCUGUUACACAGAAAUAUCAAUAAAUUGCAAGUGAUUAUGAUCUUUAAGGUGCAUGUCGAGUGAAUCUACGUUUGUUUUACUCUUUCAGACACCGUGGAGUGCUACAACCUCAGAAAGAACGAGUGGACGUUCGUGUCGCCCAUGAACGACCCCCACUACGGGCAUGCUGGGACAGUCCAUGGUAACCUGAUGUAUGUCUCAGGUGAGUUUCUCAGACCACUGAUAGUUAGAAUACAAACUUACCAAACAGUUAAAACCUACAAUGUAGAAGACCUGAAUUGACUGUAAUUGUUGUCCUGAUAAAAUCAGCUCAGUCAGACUGGAGAGGUUUUGAGUUAAUGAAUUCAGACAAACAAAGGCUGUGUUGUUGACGUGUUUUAAUCCACUCUUGCCGCUUAACAGCUUUGAUGGUCUUUAACAUAACAUAGUAGUUCUGGAAGGUUCUCAUUCAUCUUGGUCGAUUUCUAUGUCGAUCUCCUAGCAACCCUGAGGGCCAGGAAACACAAAGACCUUUGGUUGAAAUAGGUCAGAGAGUAUACUUAUUUUCCGACGAGGUUAACCACAAUUGUGUCAAUUUCAUGCUCACAGACAGCCAGAAAACAGCUUAUUCUGAACACAUGCUUUGAAAGUGCAUGCAGAAAAUGUAUCAUUUUUUAUCUGCAUUAAUUUCAACAGUGGCUUAGUAGUUUGAGCCCAAGGGUGAGUGGCAGUGGCAUGACAAAAAGCAGGUGGAUUCCAUUGGAGGUGUGGGGAACAUGUAGAGGAGGGUGUAAUGUGCAGAGGAGGCUGGUGGGAGGACCUUUUGGAGUACAGGCUCAUUGGAAUGGCUGGAAUGGAAUAAAUGAAAUAUAAUCAAACAUGUGGAUUCCGCUCCAGCCAUUACCACGAGCCCGUCCUCCCCAAAUAAGGUGCCACCAACCUCCUGUGGGCUGAAUGGCAACAAAAAAUCACUAAGGAUCAUGGCCCUAACUAGCAAAGGAUCAUGGUCGAUGUAGUCAUUUUCAUCCUGCCUGAGAGAGUCAACCGGGAGUCUCCUCGUAGCCUGCCGGCCCGUGAUUGGUCUGUGUCAGCAUGUGGCCCUGUGUGACGACAAAUGUAGCAGUCAGAAUGGAUCGCUAUUUAAUUAAAUAUCUCAAUUUCUAGCGAACUUUAAAAUAAUUCACAGUGGGGAUCGAACUUGAUCAUAAUAAACACAUUUUAGAGCCCAAAACGACGUCUACAUUUUUUGGGUUUGGCCGUUCUGGCAAUCGAAAUUUACAUAGGCUUUCUAGGGCAGACCAGGGCUUUGGCACUGCUACGUUGCUACACAGUAGCCGACCAGCAGAGCUCGUGACUUCACGCUCCAGACCGGACACUGGGAGCCUGGGUAAUGGCCACAGCUCUCUGCAGCUCACAGCAGCAGACCACAUCCUUCCUGUUCAGACCCAAACAUUUAUGAUUUUCACAUUACUGCUCCUAUCCCACUCUACACUGGUGGUUGACAGUAUGGGUAGGAAAGCACCUGACCACCGGCUCACAGUUCAGUCCCCUACACCGUCAUUCUUUCCUUCUCAACGUCCAUCCUUCACAUUUACAACCAAAGUUACAUUGCCUUCCCCUUGAACUCCAUGGCUCUGUUCACGUCAGGGGAAGUGAGCAGGAGUCAACGACCUCGGUGGAACUCCACAUGAUUAUGCAUAGUAUUGACGUCAGACGGAAUCACCAAGGACACUGAUCGCGUGAAACACAGUGUGUCUUCCUAAUGUUGUGAGAUUUUCUCUGUUGUUUACAGAACACUGGUGCUGUGAGAUUAGAAUAGCAGGGCCUGCUUAGAGAAAGUAUGAGAAAAAAUGAAUGGCUGCAGUAUUGCCGUUAACAUUGAUGAUUAUGAGCACAUGAUAGAUGGAAUGUUAAGGCAUAAUUGUAUGAAUGUGUGUAUUCUUAUUUUACAUUUAUGCAGUUCUGUCCUUGAGCUGUUCUUGUCUAUUAAUGCUCUGUAUUAUGUCCUGUUUUAUGUUUUGUGUGGACCCCAGGAAGAGUAGCUUCUGAUUUAGCAGUAGCUAAUGGGGAUCCUAAUAAAAUACCAAAUACAAACUCUCUCUGACUAUGGUGUAUUCCACAUCAGAUGAAAAUGGUAUGGAUGGAUUGAUAUGAAAAUGUUUGUCUUAUUAAAAACAUUGUAGUUUGUAGUCAUAAAACAGUAUUUUAGUAAACAUGUGGUCAUGGUAUCUACAGUAUCUAAUAAUGAAACCAAUGUCAAUUCACUGAUCCAACAGGCGGAAUCACACGGGACACGUUCCAGAAGGAGCUGUUGUGUUAUGACCCUGAGACUGACACAUGGAGUCGCCGUGCCGACAUGAUGGAACUGCGUGGCCUACACUGCAUGUGCACAGUGGGCGACCGGCUCUAUGUGAUGGGAGGGAACCACUUCCGGGGCAGCAGCGACUACGAUGACGUACUGAACUGUGAAUUCUACAGCCCGGAGGUGAAACAUGGCAAAGGCCUUGGUUUUGGUCCCAACAAUAUAAUAAGCAAUUUUACCACUUUCCCGAAACCUUACUCUAAUCCUAACUGUUAGUUAACUAAGUCCUGAGUUUGAUGGUCACAUGUCUUAAAGUUUUAGGAACUUUCUGGGUUGGGCAAAAAUGACAACCAAACAAGGAACCAAUGACACUUGGAGAAAAGCGGAAUUCUGAGAGCCAUUUAGAGCUCAGACCUGUGUUUUAUAUCUUCCCCCAGGUGGACCAGUGGACGGUGGUGGCGGCCAUGCCACGGGGCCAGAGUGAUGUAGGGGUGUCCGUGCUCCAGGGCCAGGUCUACGUGGUGGGGGGCUACUCCUGGAACAGCCGCUGCAUGGUGGACAUCGUGCAGCGCUACGACCCAGAGAAGGACGAGUGGGACCGGGUGUUCAACGUGCUGGAACCCCUGGGCGGCAUCCGGGCCUGCACCAUGACCGUGCAUCUGCCUGAGGGUGCCGUGGACGACGGCCAGAUGCAGGAGUGCCCGCUGGACACCACCAAGAACUGAAAGCUGAGAUCAAGAACAUAUGGAUUUAGCCUAAAUGUGACCUUUUUGUGGGAGAAGUGGAACGUUUGCAGUAGAAUUUCUCGAAUAGGUCCCACCAGGGGUUGAAACUGGUUCAGGGAACAGAACAGAAAACCGGAAAAUAACAAAACAUUUCAAGGAACAGAAACGGAACCGGGAACGAAAGUGAUCCAUACUGUUCCGGAACAGAACCUUUAUUUUAAAAGCAUGGCAACCGGUUAAUAACAUUAUUUUACGUUCCAG